CUGGUUCCAGGCGGAUUUUAUUGUCGUUGACUCUGCUGAGGGUCCGCAACAUACUGACGUGGUGGCGGCCAACAAGUGCCGUUCUAGUGGUGCGCAGUAUCUGCGAAUAACUCCCGCUGACCUGAGAGUUGACACAAUCAUCGCACAGAGUUCAUUGCGUGGUGUUGUGCGAAUUGGAUUCUUCAGUAAUGUGGGCAGAUGCUUCUAA